AUGACUACACCAAGGCAUAUAUCAUUAAGUAUCUUAGAAGACAUUACCAACGGAAUCUCAGUGGGCUCAAGAAUUGGAAGGGGCGGGUUUGCAGAUGUUUACAAGGGAGUUUACAAUGGGAAAGAUAUUGCUGUGAAGUUGCUUCUUGUUGAUGCAGUGCGAGGAAUUGAUGAUCAACAGUUUAAAAAUGAAGUUGGUAACCUUUUGAGGGCUAAGCAUCGAAAUAUUGUACAGUUAGUCGGUUAUUGUUAUGAAACAAAGAAAAUAUUUGUUGAGCGCAAUGGUGAUUUUAGCGAACAUAUAUAUAAAGCAAUCUGCUUUGAGUACUUGCAGGGUGGAAGCCUAGACACGCGUCUUCAUGACCAAUCUUUUGCACCUAAUUGGAGCACACGUUACAAUAUUAUAAAGGGGGUCUGUGGAGGUUUAAAUUUCCUUCACAAAUGUGUACCUCAAAUUUUGCAUCUUGAUUUGAAGCCCGCUAAUAUAUUGCUAGACAGUUCCAUGGAGCCUAAAGUGGCGGAUUUAGGAUUGUCAAGGCUCUUCACUCAAUCAUACACUCAUGUCACAGAAAAAGCCAUAGGAACCCGGAAGUACAUGCCACCAGAAUUCAUAAAGUAUCGCAUAAUCUCACCUAAGAAUGAUGUUUUUAGUUUGGGUGUUGUAAUGAUAGAGAUAAUGACAGCACCUGCAAGUUACUCCAAUUCUCUUGAAGUGGGCAAUGUGGCACAAUUAAUGCAGCAGGUACACAUCAAAUUACCGAUCGGAGGAAAUACGUCAGCUGGAGACGUGUAUCAAAUUAGCAAUACGUUGUGUGGAUUCUGA